AUUAUCCGUAUUUGUAUUUUUACACUUGUCCGGAACAAAAAUGGCAAGCAUCCGGCAAAGCUCUGUGCCGAGUCCACAAGAGACAGAGGAGCAACAGAAGCUACGAUUUCAGACAGAGUUAGAAUUUGUGCAAUGUUUGGCAAAUCCAAAUUACCUCAAUUUUUUAGCUCAAAGAGGAUACUUCAAGGAUCCUACCUUUAUAAACUACCUUAAGUAUCUGCAGUAUUGGAAAGAUCCCAAAUAUGCUAAAUAUCUCAAAUACCCCCAGUGUUUGUUUUUCCUGGAGUUGUUGCAGUAUGAACAUUUCCGUAAGGAGUUGGUGAACUCUCAGUGUGCUAAGUUUAUAGACGAUCAACAGUUACUGCACUGGCAGCAUUAUCAGAGAAAAAGAAUGGCUCUAUUACACGAAGAAAUGACAGCACAAAGGGCACUACAGCAGCCCAAGGAGAAGCCAGGAUAACAAGAGGGAUCUCUACCUUCUACUUAAUGUUGAGUGUUGUAAUCAAGGAAUGUAAUUUUGUUACACAUGUAUUUAUAUGAAUAAUGCUCACACAGUACUCACUCUGUGAAAAGCAAUAACUAGUGAAAUGCUCACAGGAAGAAUUUUCAUCUUAUAUGCUGCAUGUGUGUAGAUAUUAUGAAAUUAGUAUCUCUUUCACAAAAGAUUUACCAGGUGAUUUGUCAUUUGAAUUGGGUGUUGUUAACAAUAGAGACUGUGUAAUUGAACAUUUUCUUUAAAAUGGUCUUGUUAAGAAUAAAAUAUAAGAAAACUC